UCAGCAGGAUUAGUACUAUUAGACCAAAGCCCGGAGGAGCAUCCCGGCCUUGACUAGGUCGUUGCGAAAACUCCAUCGAUCAUCAUGACGGAAGCUAGUGGCGUAAACGGCCCCUUCCUCGCCUAUAUGAGUUUAAUGCCUGCCCUAAUAUUAUUCCAAGCGUCGGUCUCACAACAAGUCGGGCACUGGGAAGAAAUGGAAAACCGGCCUGACAACCUGCGAAAAUGGAAGAUGCCUUUUUUGGACAUAAUAUGCAAAUCAAGCACACACAGGCUGCACGGGCUUCGCCCUAUCUUCCGUGUCUGGACUUCCAACAAACCUGGAAAGCGGGUCGUGGGUCUCCCAAGGCACAGCAAUACGGCAAGUGGUUGAGAUUAACAAUUGAGAGGACGGCGCCGCUGCGGUUUUCAGGCACGCCUGGGAAUAUAAUUGUAUACAUGUAUAUGAGACUCAUUGGCUGUUUGAAGAAGUUACCUAGAUAUAUGGUACUAUUGUAUCCAGGACAUUUCCUUAAGGAUGGGGUGAUGGUUGGUGAUGCUCAGCCUCGGCAUCGUGACUCUGGCCAAGGAAAAGGUCACUUUUGUCAACUCACAGGAGAACUUUGGUUGCCCAGUCCUGUAUCUAUCCGAGCGGUCGCCUGUGUCGGGCCCCGUAAGUGUCUGAACGGCGACAACGCGGGAUUGGAUCUGCCAUUCGAGGUUUGCUGUCCCGUCCACUGUCGCCUUACCGACCUCCAAAACCUAGAACAUCCGGUGCAGUGGCCGGUCAAGCUGCAGGAGCGAGCGGUUACAAUCAAGACCAGACGUGGGCGCAUUGCCGCACAGGAGACGAGCCACGUCCGUCUCUCGGGCUGUUUCCAAGAUAUUGAUACCCCUGAAGACGAGAACAACAUUAUAAUACUAUGGCAAAAAAGUAGGUUCUUGUGGUACCUCGUCCAAGCUUCUCGAGAGAAACCUACGGCCCUAAGCCUGGAGUACCGCAAUCAACCCCCUCCAAAUCCCCCCUAUCCGUCCUUUCUUGGUGCGUAUGUUGGUGGACACGGACGGAAAGGCUAUGGGAGCUUGAGUAUUUUUCGAAAUGGACAACCCCGGGCUACAUUAUAUUUAUGCAAAUGAAAACACAAGCGCUAGGGAAUGGUAAGGCUGGAGAGGUUGGAGUCGAGACUUAAAAAACCUUUCCCAUCUACGGAUACCAUUCAUGUGAGUCCCAACCACAGUCUUGCGUAAUGUUACUCCUGUACAUACACGCCGUAACAAUGCACAGAUGAUAGGUAAGAACUUAUGAAAAUGAACCAACACCCCAUGGCACUCUCAUACCCUUCACAGACAGCCCGGCAGCUUCGGAGAGUUUUGGCCUACCUCAACUCUCGCCCAUUAGAUCGUCAUGAUCUGGUUGCAGUGUACCCUGGGAUACCAGCCCCUGGCUAACAAGCUAACGGCGGCGGCGGCGGCGGCGUGGCUGUGGUG